CCGAAAUACGUUUUACUUUAAUCUUCCUUCAUUCUCAACUUUCUUGUCUGUAUACAGAUGCAUUGGGAGUAUAUAUAUUUGUUAUUCUGUGACUAAAACCAACAAGUAAAAACUGGAGAUUGAUGCCUGUCAUUAUGAAGAGGAUAACGUAAGCGUCGCUGUGCACAUGUUGUUGUGUACAAGAUUUGUUGUAUCACAACAACAUGUGCACAAACUUUAUUACAUACUCGUAACGUACUAGCAUAACACAAUGAAUGGUGAUGACGACAUCGCGGUUAUUGACCAACAGGAGGAUGUAGAUAAUCUAGGAUACCCGGUCAAUGUCACAGAUGACUUCCAAAGUAACUCGACACUUCAGCUGUACGUUGGUACGGGAAAACCUGAGAACGACGCCUCUCUGCACGCUCUCAGGAAUGCCUACCACGACCUUAAACUCCGCUACAAUGAACAAACCUCAAAGGUGCACUCCAUGAGACAGGCAAUCAAAGACAUGGAAGCACAGAGAAUCCAGAACACAAAUCGGCCAUUUAGUUUAAAUACAACUGCAGCAUUUGCUGGAGCAGCAGGUGCAGGCACAGGGAAUCCAACAGCCUCGGGAGCUGUUGAGGCAAAUCCACACCUUCGUGCCAGUUUAGGAUAUGCAGAUAGCUUGCAAAGACAGAUUCUGCGUCUUAAAAACACUAGUGCAGUGAGAGAAAAGGAUAUGGAGAGAAAGUAUUCAGAUUUAUACACAAAGUAUAAAAGGCAGGAAGCCGAUGUGAAUACAUUACAGCUCCGUAACAGGAAAACUACGGUAGAGCUGGAAAAAACUUCAAAACUGUUAAAAGACCGUGAAAUGUUGAUUGAACAAUUAACAAACCGCAAUGACGUGUUAGAAAAAAUGGUUUCAUCUCAAAAUCCAGAGUCAUUCUCGGAGGAGAUUCGACUCCAGGAAAAACAUUUGAUGGGGAUUAUGGAAUAUCAGACAAAAUAUAUUGAUGAACUGAAGGAUAAAGUACAGGAACAGAACAGUAUCAUCAACAAACAACUGGAGAUGAUCAGAACGUUCAGCAGGAAUCAAAAAGAGGCUGAGGCUGCUGCUUUACGGCAAGGUAGACCUGAUGGCGAUUCCCUUUUCCCCUAUACCGAAGAACAGCAAGAUGCUGGAGCGAGACCCCGUCAGUCAGGCGCACUAACGAUAAGUGCACAAACACAACCAGUGCAGGCUACGCGGAGCAGCCCUCCUUCUGUAAGUCGACAGCAACAUGUGCCAAUUCAACAGGAAACAACAUUUGGUCGAGAGUCUUUGGCAGACGUGGAAAUAAGGAGGAAAAAUGACAUGACAUUGCAUACCAAUUUUGCAGACAAUAGAAGCACAAAGCUUGCUGAUGUGAAUCAAGCUUCCUCUCAGUUACCUGUGCCUCCAAACUCGCACGAUACUCCCGACUCGCCGAUUCUGAGAAGGUCGCCAAAUUUGUCUUCUCCAAAGGUACCACAGAAUCCCUCAGAUAGCUCUUACUCUAUGGCUCGUUAUCUCGACACGGAAAGCAGACAAUCGAGAUUGCAACUGGAGGAUGUUUCUACAUUGCCAGAUACUAUGUACAAAAUGCAACCAUCCAGCACUGGGCGUCAAGUACCGAUAUAUGAAAACGAACAACGUUUACAUGCCCUACGAAUAGACGAUAAAAAAUUAGAUUUUAGUGAUACGAUUUAUAGACCUGCUACACAAAAACCAUAUACAAGGCAAGAGGAUGGUAGGACUGGCCAUUUGUAUCCGCCUUUAUCGCAGGAAAACAAUUACGAAAAUAUAACGGUAUUUCUUCCUCCAACGCAACAGCAGGCAGAAGGAGACUAUGCUAAUGUUUCCGAGCUGAUGACACAUCGUAGUCCUUCAAAUGUUACAGAGGCCCAGAUAUGCCCUGUAUGUAAUAAAAAUUUCCCAGCUAACCCCAUAGAUGAUUUUCAGCAACAUGUUUUGGAUUGUAUGGAUGGAGGUGAGGAGGAGGGCACUUCCACAUUGCAAAACAUUUCCCAGAAGGAAAAUGGUCGCGAAUGUCCAAUGUGCUCGGCUGUGUUUCCAGGAGGUCUCCCACAGGAAGAGUUCGAAAGACACGUCCAGGAACACUUCGGUGAAGAUCCCAUGAUGGAGAGAUUUGAAGUGCUGCAAGCAUAGCACCAUAUUUAAUAUUGUAUUUUAGGGUAUAUCAUUUGUAAUUUUAAGUGAUACUUUUUAAUUUGAAUGUCUUUAAUUAAAACUAAAUCUGAUGGAACAUUCGCUCAAAUGGAAGUCAAGAGUGUUUUAUAAUUGUUGAAAAACAAAUUGAGUUUUACUGAAGUAUUCAAACAUUGUUAAAAUUGAAUUGGACAGUUUGAUAGAAAUGUAUCUUGCAUUUCAAUUUUAAAAAAAUAAUGCAGAAUGAUUUCAUGAUUUUUGUGAGAAAAAAUGUAGAAAUCUUAAUUUUUUUUGUCUUUGUGAAACAUUUAUGAUUUGGCAUCUGUUUGUUCUUCUAGUUGUCAGCCUUUGCAAUUUAAAUUGGUAUAAAGUAUUGCUUUUUAUAUUCAUCGGUGGAUUAGGAUGUGCUAAUGAAUGUAGAACGUUUUGUUUGGAAACCUGGCUUCUGUAGUUGAGGUUUUUACUCAAAUUUGAAUUUUGACAAUUAUAUAAUGGAUCAACCGAAAGCAAAUUAGUAAUUUAUUCGAGAAAAAUUAUCACCAUCCUUUUGAUGUUGUGCCAAUGUUAUAUUACUGGGUAUUUAAUUAAACAAACUUUAUACUCAUAAGAAUAAUCAUCCAUGUAUAUAUGUAUAUUUCAUAAAUUUAAGUUUGGUGUCAAAUCAGUGAUUUACAAAAUGUAGUCAGGCAUAUAAUUAUAUAUAUCAGGCUAAGGUCAAAUAUCUAGUUUAUACAGGGUUAUGAUUUCUUAGGUUCAGUUAACAUAUUGUGUAUACAUACAUUGGGUAUAAAUUCUGGUUGAUAAAUGUUUCUGGGUCCUCCACAUCACAUAUGCUAAUUUGUACCAGACCCUGGGAUUUACAAUGUAAAAUUGGUAAUUUUUCAUUAAGAUAAUUUGACAGAACACAAUGAUCUCUCUUUUCUUUAAUCAGAAAUAUAUUAUCAUUUAUAAUUAAAAUACCCUUUAGAUAUUUAGCCAGUAUAUGUCAGUGUUCGAAUGAGAUGUGUAUAUAUUAGACUUAUCAUCAGCCUUCAUUAAUGUCGUAGUAUUUAUUGAUAGUUUCCACACACAGAAUAUUCUUUCAUUCCCCCCCCCCCCUUUAUUCUUAUCCUUAUAAUUAUUUCAUAAGGUUUUCUCAGUCAUGUAAUAUAACUCUAACUUACGAUUUUAUAAUAAUAAUAAACUUUAUUAACUGAGGAUAAAAACCUGUUUAGCAAAUCUAGUCUUCCACAGGGUCCUCUGUUACCAAAAUUGGUUAGUAUAAAAGUACAUUUUCCCGGUUAAGUAACUCAAUGUAAAAUUUUCCUCGUGAUGUAACUCAUACGAUUUUCCUGGUCAUGUAACUUAAACCUACGAUUUCUCACUCAUAUAGCUCCUACGAUUUUCUCAGUCAUUUAACUCAAACCUACGAUUUUCCCAGUCCUGUAAAUCUAACCUACAAUUUUUCUGGUCAGGCAACUCAAACCUAUGAUUUUUUUAGUCAUAUAACUCCUACGAUUUUCUCAGUUAUUUAACUCAAACAUACGAUUUUCCCAAUCCUGUACUUAAACCUACGAUUUUCCUGGUCAUUAAACUCAAACCUACGAUUUUCCUGGUUAUGUAACUCAAACCUACGAUUUUCUCCGCCAUAUAACUCAACCACAUGACUUUCGAAGUCAUAUAAUUCAAGCCUACAAAUAAUGACCUGGAAUUUGAGACAUGGCUUUAAGGAAGAGUGUUACUAAUCAAUUAAGUUUCGAUGUGCUAUCUGCCUUUAUGAGACAUUUUCUGAAGACAUUUUUCCAUGCUUAGAAAUAUUGAACUGAAAUUUGCUGUGCGGCUUAAAUGUGUAAUAAGUCAAAGGCCAAUUAUAGAUGUUAACAUUCUUUUUGAAAGAGUUGAACUGCAAAAUUGUUUUUUUCAAUAAUAAUAAUGGUUUUAAAUAAUAAAAGUGUAAUUCAGAUUGUUUUGUUUUGUGUUAGUGUACUUUUUCGACAAAGUAAGGCCAGGGGCCCUUAGCAGUUUUACAAUUUUUCUAUCUUUCUGACACCAUCUUUAUAAAUAAUUAAGAGUUUGCAGAGGGAAGUAGGAGACAUAUAUACUACAUUUGGGGCCGCGGUGGCCGAGUGGUUAAGGUGUACCGACACUUUAUCACUUGUCUCCACCUCUGGGUUGCGAGUUCGAAACCUACGUGGGACAGUUGCCAGGUACUGACUGUAGGCCGGUGGUUUUUCUCCGGGUACUCUGGCUUUCCUCCACCUCCAAAACCUGGCACGUCCUUAAAUGACCCUGGCUGUUAAUAGGACGUUAAACAAAACCAAACCAAACCAAAUGUACUACAUGUACUUAUAUAUGAUUCUCCCUCUGAUCUGAUGGUCAUGGUGUUCAUCACAGCUCAGAGCUCAUUUAUAUUGACUGAUCCAUGUUCAAUGUCUGUACAUUUGAGAUGUAUGUGCUUUGCUGUGGGUACAUGUACUCCCAACACAAACAAGGUCUAGCAUUGUCUUUCAGUAUUGUUUGUUAAGCUAUAUAUACUGACAAUUGAUAUGCAAUAUUUGUGAAAUUUGUAGGUAAAUAUUGAUGUAUGAUGUUGUUGAGUGAAGUUGUUGGUGCAGAUGUAACACACCCAAUCAUUACCAAUGAACUUUAGAGAAAAAAUUAAAGUUUAACUGAUGAAAUCUGUUUCAUAUGUAACGUGCCACUUUAAACCAAAUACUUGCAUUAAAUUUUUGUACUCCUUAAUUAUGAUAAAUGCAUGGGCUACAAGAUAUAAUUAUCUUCUGUUUUAAUUGAUAUAAUGAUAUACAAUGUAAUGUCAAAGACAGUUUUAAUUGAUAUAAUGAUGUAAUGAAAAAUCAUGUGAAAGCUGAAUUACCUUUUACCUUGAAUAUAGUGUGAGAAAUGUGAUUUUUAGCCCACCAUCCCACCAUCUGGUGAUAGUGGGCUAUUCAAAUCGCUCUGCAUCCAUGGUCCAUUCAUCCGUCAAACAAUUCUUAUUAUCGCUAUUUCUCAGAAAGCACUAAAGGGAUCUUUCUCCAAUUUCAUAUGUAAAUUCUCCUUGGUCCCAAGUUAUGCAUUAUGCAUAUUUCAUUUUGGGACUGAUCAGAAAACAACAUGGCUGAGAGGCGGCCAUCUUGGAUGUUGACAAUUGAAGUUUGUUAUUUCCAUUUCUCAGAAAGUUUGAAAGGGAUUUUUCUCAAAUUUCAUAUAUAGGUUUCCUUGGUCUCUAUAGUUGUGAAUAUUGCUAUUGCAUUUUGGGACCAAUCAGAAAACAACAUGGUAGACAAGCAGCCAUCUUAGAUUUUGACGAUUGGAGUUUGUUACCACUAGUUCUUAAAUUUCAUAUGUAUGUUCCCCUUAAUCCCCAGUUAUUCAAAUCCUGUAUAGGACCAACCUGACAACAACAUCAAACAGGCAGCCAUCUUGGAUUUUUGACAAUUGAAACUUCAUUGACAGUUUGUUAACGUACUUAAUGGCCAUUAUGAGUCUUUCUCAAAUUUGAAUGUAUAGGUUCCCCUUGGUCUCCAGUUGUGAAUGCAAUUCUGAUUGAAAAAACUAAAUGGAUGACAAAGAGUAUGGCCAUCUUGGAUUUUGAAAAUUGCAGGUUGCUCGGACUUGCUCCUGCUACAUAGUGUUAUAUAAAGUUAUUAAUUGUUUUGAAGGAAGAGUGAAUGAAGGGAAAAGAAGAUUAAAUGUUUUGAAGGAAGAGUGAAUGAAGGGAAAAGAAGAGAAAAAAUCAGUCUUUCAUUUGACUGAUAGUGAGCAUUCAAUGGUGAGCGGAAAGAUUUCUCUGGGAUCUCUUGUUGUUUGUUAAAAAUUGAUAGGUAUUUAUUAUUCGUAAUAAUAAGUUCAUUAUAAACAAUUGUUGAUAUCUCUUUAAUUACGAUUAUGAGAGUGAAAACAAAGCAAUGUAUUAAAGGUAUUUUUUAAUUCAUGUAAACAACUUGAGAGUCAUUUCCCUGAAAACUGGACAUGUAUUUUUCACAAGAAUUCUUGUAGACCCUUGAAAGAUACUGGUAAACUAGAUAAGUCACAAGUCUAGCUAGGUAAGUAUUGCAUUAGACAACUUUGCUACAUAUGAAUAACAUCUCUGCAUUAGAGCUUCGUAGUUACGGGUACACACAAACAACUCCUCACUGUACUGGAAUUAAGUAAAAUACAGAUUUUUGAGCAUAUUGUGGCAAAUGUUUUUAAAAUGAACAACUUAUAUGGUUUCCUUGCAAAUUGUCAGACUAUCAGUGCAGUGUGUGUUAAAUAGUGUUUAUUCGAUUUAUUUAAAGGGCUUUUGACUUUGACCUUGUGACAUUGUGAACUAAAAUUAAGAAGAAAAUAAAAGUUUUCUAAGCCUA